AUGGCCUCCCGCUACCUCACCACCCCCGCCUUCCCCGACGUCCAGGUCCCGAAGCCUCGCCUCUCUCCGCGGAAGUACCUCGAGCGCCGGAUCAUCCGUGCGUGGAAGCACUUCAGCCAGGCGACGCGCAAGCAGCCGCGCGCGUCGGUCCUCCCCGACGACUUCGUCCUCCUCACCGCGCGCCGCCGCAGCGUCCGCUUCACCUGA